AAACAUAGUGUUAAAGUCGUUAAUUAAUCCCUUAAAUACAGUGGGCAGCCGACCACUCACCGGUUACCAAUAAACCCGGUCGGACCCACCAGAUAUUUUCUUUCUUGUCAAAAGGACCCAUUUCUAAAAACCAAGCCGACAUCCUUGCCUCGAACUCCGAGCAUUUCUCUCCCUAAAUCGUCGGCUGCCACGCGCCACCGCCACCUGUCGGAAGCAGAGGGAGCCAGCCUGACCAAUAUCGAGAGCCGAUCAAAGGCGGGAAACAAAACUCCCACCAAUAAUUGCCGCCCAACGCCACUCUGUCAUAUUCUCUUCUCUCUCUUCUCCAUCUCUCCCUCUCUCUCUCCAUUGUUGUUCGAGAAAGAGGGGAGAGAACGCGGAUUCCGAUCGCGAGGAAAUUUCGAAACCCUAGCUAUGAUUGUAGGAAGAUCGAGCUUCUGAAAGGAGGAAGGGAGGGAUCAAGAUUGCGAGGAGGAAGAGGAAAGAGGAAAUUGCGAGGAGGAAGGAGGAAAAUGGAGGCUGAGGGGAUAACGCAGACGGAGGUGACGGUGAGGAAGGUUGGUGGGAGCGUGGGGUCGGAGAAGGAGCUGUUGGAUAGCAGCAGCAGCGGCAGCGGGAGCAGCGGGAGGCGGGCGGGUGAAGAUAAGGAGAAAGGGGGAGCGUUCGAGUAUUUCGGAUGGAUUUAUCAUUUGGGGACGAAUUCGAUUGGGCACGAGUACUGCCAUUUGCGAUUCUUGUUCAUCAGAGGGAAGUAUGUCGAGAUGUACAAGCGCGAUCCUCACGAGAGCCCCGGCAUUAAGCCCAUUCGAAGGGGUGUCGUAGGGCCCACCCUUAUGGUCGAGGAGCUAGGGCGUCGGAAGGUCAAUCAAGGGGAUGUUUAUGUCAUACGCUUCUACAGCCGACUGGACGAGACAAAGAAAGGAGAAAUUGCUUGUGCUACGGCUGGAGAAGCUCGAAAAUGGAUGGAGGCAUUUGAUCAUGCAAAGCAACAGGCUGAAAUUGAGCUUUCAACUGGUCGGAGUCCAAGAACCAGGCUAAGCAUUGAAAAUGAGAUCGAUCUAGAAGCCCAUCGACCCAAAAUGAGGCGUUAUGCACAUGGAUUAAAAAGGCUUAUCAGGAUAGGGCAAGGUCCGGAAACAUUGUUGCGGCAGGCCUCAAAUUUGGUUGGCAAUGUCAAGUCAGAUGGAUUUUUUGAAGCUGAGAGUGAAGAUGUUAUUGAAGUACACCAGUGGAGAUGUGUUCGCACUGUAAAUGGUGUUCGAAUUUUUGAGGAUGUGUCUAAUCCCAAGAGUGAUAAAGGUACCCUCGUGAAAGCGGUUGGUGUUGUUGAUGCAAGUGCUGAUACUGUUUUUGAUGUAUUCAUAAACCUCGAUCAACAGCAAAGAUAUGAAUGGGACACGUUGACAGGGGACUUGGAGCUCUUAGAUUCCUAUGAUGGACAUUAUGAUGUUCUGUAUGGCACGUACGAUCCGAAGUAUCUUACACGGUGGAAAUCCAACAGAGAUUUUGUCUUCUCCAGGCAGUGGUUCCGUGGACAAGAUGGGGCAUACACAAUCCUGCAAUUUCCUGCUGUACAUAAGAAGCGACCCCCAAGUUCUGGAUAUCGACGGACAAAAAUAAACCCUUCAACUUGGGAGAUAAGAAAUCUGAGUGCACCAAUGGGUUCUGCCACAGCAAGAUGCAUCGUGAGCCAAAUGUUAGAGAUAAAUCAAGCUGGCUGGUGUAAAUGGAAACAAAACAGCUGCGCCAAGUUUGAAAAAACUAUUCCUUAUGCCCUGUUGAGUCAGGUGGCAGGUUUGAAAGAAUAUGUAGGAGCAAGUCCUGCGUUGAGAGUGGAAUCUUCUACAACGGUUGUUCGUUCAAAAUUUUCUGAUGCCUCCAUGAGUCCCAUUGACUAUGAUGAUGCAGAAGUCAAUGAUGAAUUUUAUGAUGCUAUUGCUGGAGAAUCAUCGUCGUCGUCAGAUGAAGAGGAAGGCAGUAGCAAAAAUUCACACUCGAAAAAGGAUGGGAGGGUGAAACUGAAAAAUGUUUCAUGGGCUAUUGCAAGCUUAGCUUUGAAGAGAAAUUCAGCUCCAGGUGCAGAGGAAACUUUAGAUCUUAAUGUACCUCCGGUCAUUAUUGAACCAAGUGAAUUCAAGGGUUCUCUUCACAAAGGAAAGGAUGAAAAAGAUUCCAACUGUUGGACUUCUCCGAAUGGAUCAGGAUUUAAGAUCAGAGGGAAAACGUAUCUAAAGGAUAACUCUAAGGUGGUGGGUGGAGAUCCCCUUCUCCAGUUAAUAGCAGUUGAUUGGUUCAAAGUUGACAGAGCCGCAGAUGGGGUUGCACUGCAUCCCAAGUGUUUAUUGCAGACAGCAGCUGGGAAGCAGCUUCCUUUCGUUCUGGUUAUUAAUCUACAGAUUCCAGCAAAACCAAACUACAGUUUGGUACUCUACUAUGCUGCAGAUAGGCCAGUGAACAAAGCAUCUUUGUUGGGGAAGUUUAUUGAUGGGACAGAUAUGUUUCGAGAUUCAAGAUUCAAAUUGAUUCCCAGUAUCAUUGAGGGUUAUUGGAUGGUGAAACGUGCUGUUGGAACGAAAGCUUGCCUAUUGGGCAAAGCUGUAACUUGCAAGUACCUCAGACAAGACAACUUUCUGGAGAUCGAUGUGGAUAUCGGAUCAUCAUCGGUUGCAAGAAGUGUCAUUGGCCUUGUUCUCGGAUAUGUUACAAGCUUAGUUGUUGAUCUUGCCAUUCUCGUUGAGGGGAAGGAAGAGGCCGAGCUGCCAGAGUUCGUCCUAGGUACCGUGAGGCUGAACAAACUGAAGCCCGAAACUGCUGAGACAUUGGAGGUUUGAUGUUUUCAAUCUGUCAUCAAUCCCUUUUUGUUUAGCUUGCACUGCCUGCCUAGUUGAGACCUCACUUUCCCAAAUGUGUUGUACCUUAUUGUGUACCGGGAAAAGAUGAAAUCUAAUCUUCAGAUAAAAUCAAUCGAUUCAUAUGCGUUUUUUUGGAUGAGCAACAUAUACAUUAGCAUUCCUUGAUACUAAGACUCUCAUAGGCAGAAAAACACCUGUAAGUAACCAAUUGUCAUUGCAUAGAGCCUGUAACUAGACCAACCUGGGGUUGUAAUCUCAAUGAGUCCUCUUUUUUUAUUCAAUUGGUAUUGAACAGCAUGCCCUUGGGUUGCAGAGGGAGAGAUUGUUUUGAUGAACUGCUUUAGUUACCAAUUCCAGUUAUGUCUUUUCAUUAUUGAAACUACAUGCACAUGCAGAAAAAGUCUUCUGCUUUAUCGCUCGAAUCACGAUCCACUGUGCCCUUGCUCAGCCCUUUGGCUUGUCAUUGCUACAU